CCCGUUCGUUAUUAGUACGCCGCCGGCCGUCGAAGCUGGACCAUCUUCCGUCGCGGUCCGACCGGUUGGUCGCCGGAUUUUUGUUUACGCGCCACGGUUUUUACCAUUAUUUCGGCCGUCCGCGCCAAGUGUGAACGACUUCCCCGAUUUCCCCGGUACCAUCGCCAAGGGCGGACCGGCCGCGUGCCCACCCCCCUCCGGCAGCUUCGUUUUUUCCCUGUGCACCACCCCGCCAGCAGUGAGAAUUUUUCCGUUCGGAGAUCAUCUGCGUUUUAUGCCGACGACCGCCGGGAAUUUCCUAGCAUUUUUGUGCCGGAUGUUUUGGUUGAGUGCGGGUCGACGAAGUUUUUAGGGGAUGCUCGCUGGCACUGUGGUUAUUCGAACGCCGGUUGAAGCGUACGAGCUGAUUGCGGACAAGUGAGGGGAAACAGGAAAGGAAAAUUACGGCAGUGGGGGACUGCGAUGUGCAAGAAAAAAAAGUGUGUGUGCAUCUGUUAAUAAGAACGUGACCAGGGUAACUCGUGGACGAUAAACGGCGAACAGAAGUGACCUGAUGACGAAGAACAAGCAAAGGAACUGGCGGCGUUUGCUGGCCGGUGGCUUGAUCGUCGCAGUUGUGCUCGGCUUGGUCGUGACCGCGUCGGUUCUUCUGACCGGGAGCUCGGAUCCCGCCGGCCCGAAAACGCCAGCGGCACCUGGCAUCGCGCUUGAAGAAUGGCUGGCCGGCUUGUUAUCCUCGAAGAGCUUCAACGGCACGUGGAUCACCGGAAACGAGAUACUGUACCGCGAUGAGGCCGGAAAUCUCGUGAUCUACAAUGUCACGUCGAAAGAGCCCCGGAUAAUCCUGAACUCCAGUAACGUGGCGCUCUCGUCGAGUUUCGACCAUCAACUCUCGGCCGACGGGAAGUAUCUUCUGCUGGCCAUCGAUUACCAGAAGCUCUAUCGGCACACGUACCUGGCCCACUACAGGAUCGUGAACCUGAGAACCUUGGAGGAAUCGUCGCUGACUGCGAACAAUUCGAUGUCGGUGCAGCUGGCCACCUGGGCGCCGCGCGGCAACGGUCUGGUCUACGUGUACCAGAACAACAUCUAUUACCGGCCGGAGGCGGAAGUGGCCAAGGACUAUCAAAUCACCAACACCGGUGUAUUCGGGACCAUUUAUAAUGGAGUGCCGGACUGGGUGUACGAGGAGGAGGUGUUCGGAUCAAACAAGGCUUUAUGGUUCUCCCCGAGCGGCACUAAACUGGCCUUCGGUUACUUCGACGACACGCUCACGCCGAUCAUAACGAUACCGUUUUACGGCUACCCAGGAAGCCUCACGUUCCAGUACACCUCCGCGAUCUCGAUCCAUUAUCCGAAGAGUGGCACUGCGAAUCCUACGGUGAAGCUGUUCUACGUCGACUUGGAGAAUGUGGUCCGCGGUAACGUGAGCUUAACUGAAAUCGAACAUCCGGCCGAGUUAAACUCCCAGGAACGGAUUUUAUCUGCCGUCGCUUUUCCCACGGACAAUCUCGUGUACGCGACCUGGAUGAACCGAGUGCAGAACAAGGCGUACUUCCAUUUCUGUUACGUCGACGGUCUUGUACCGAAUUGCACCGUGAGGCUGGAGUACUUCGAGAAGCACGGAUGGGUCGAGCAGUUCGAGGCGCCGGUGUUCAGCGAGGACGGGAACUCGUUCCUGACGAUUCUGCCGCACAAGCAGGCCAACACCAGCAGCUAUUGGAGGCAUGUCGCCGCGAUUACCGAUGUGACCUCGGGCCGGUCGUCCCCGCGGCCGCUCACUUCCGGCCUCUUCGUCGUAACGGAAAUAGUUGGCUGGGACCAAGCGAACUCCUACCUGUACUACCUGGCCACGACAGAGGCCGAUUCCGCGGUGCAGCAUCUGUACCGGAUAUCCGUGCACGGCAAAGACCGCAAACCGACGUGCCUCAGCUGCAACGCGGCCCGAGAAAUGGACAGAGGGCAGAAGUGUCUCUACAACACCGCCAAGUUCUCCACCGAUCAUUCGCAUUACGUGCUCACCUGCGCCGGGCCCGGGGUCCCCGACAUCGCCGUUUACAACAAGAACGCGAAGAAGCUGCUCUCGUGGGAGAACAACGAGGCAGUUUCGGAAAUCAUCGCCGAGAAAUCGCAGCCGUUGGUGCGCCGUUUCAAGGUACCGGUGCCCGGUGGGUUCAAAGCCUCGGUUCGACUACUGAUCCCGCCUGAUGCCGACCUAUCCGGCGCUACCAAGUAUCCUAUGCUGAUCUACGUAUACGGCGGCCCGGAGUCGUACCAAGUCACCCAGAAGUUCAACAUCGACUGGGGCACGUAUCUGGUAACGAACAAAAGCAUCAUUUACGCGACCAUCGACGGCCGUGGUUCCGGUUUAAUGGACAACGGGAUGCUGUUCGCCGGAUACAGGAAGCUGGGCACCGUGGAGAUCGCCGAUCAGAUUAACGUGACCAGGUAUUUACAAGACACCCUGCCAUACAUCGACCGCACCAGGACAGCGAUAUGGGGCUGGAGUUACGGUGGCUACGCGACAGGCAUGACGCUCGCCAUGGAUAAUCGCGGAGUCUUCAAGUGCGGCAUGUCCGUGGCACCUGUAACGGAUUGGGCUCUUUACGAUUCAAUUUACACGGAACGGUUCAUGGGUUUGCCGACGGUCGAGGACAAUCUCCACGGAUACGAGCAGGGCCAGCUGCUCAACAAGGUAGACAAUAUUAAAACGAAGAUGUACUACCUGAUCCACGGGACUUUGGACGACAACGUGCACUAUCAGCAAUCUCUGCUGCUCGCCAAGGUGCUCGAGCAGAAGGACAUUCUGUUUAGACAACAGACGUACACGGACGAAGAUCACGGGAUCGCGCAGUCCAGGGCCCACUUGUACCACUCGUUGGAGAACUUUUUGGACGAGUGCUUCGAGGCCUCAUGAUCGCAGCGAUCGGCGUGAACCGACAAUCUAGAUCCUCCGCAUCACCUGCCUCACAUCCCACCUGUAAAUAAACCGUCACGUGUACAUACUCGAUGUACAAUAUGUAAUAUGAAGCGUUAGUGUGUAUAUAAUCGAGGGAGAGCCGAAACUAUAUAGGUACACUCGACGCCAAAAAACGGUCGCAAAAAAAAUGAAGGAAGAAAAUGAGAAAGAAGAAGACGAAGAGGAAAACCGUGUCGUCCCCGCCCACCCUCCACCCGCCCCUUCUGCUGUGGUUCGGCGAGAAACAAGAAAUUUUUUAUUGACAGAAUAGAUUAUAGACACUGUUAUCAAAUUUGAAAGCCCCCGUUUUCGAGCGAGGAUAUAAUUGUUCCGUGUGACGCGCUGCGAUUUGAAUCGCGAUCGUCCGGCGGUUCGCGGUCGCCUAACCGGGCUUCCCCGUUCGGGUAACCACCAGGCGGCUGCACCUCUCGACAAACCGUUCAAACUUAUCGAUACCAGCCCAGGGAAGAAGCUGUUCGGUUGGUCGAUGCAAUUGUUACAACAGAAUAAUUACUCGAGAGCGUAUAUCGAUGAGUCGACUGUCUGGAAAAAAGAUUCAUUUUUCGACGCGUACGAAAAUUCGCGGAAGGCGGGAGAAUCGAAUCGCGGGCGAAUUACGUUAUUACGGAGAAAUCCGAAUUUAUCGGUUUUUCUUUUGUUAUUAAAUAAAUGAAAACGGGCUUCCUCGAACCAGUGUCAAACGUGUGCGUUUCACGAGCAGAAACGUGUCUUCGAUGUAUGCGAACGGAGUUCGACUUACAGAAGUUUACGCAUUUAUGAGUAGAAUUUUAAAUCGGCUGACGCUCGAUCGAACAGCUUUUUUGCCGGUGGCGUUACACAGUUGCCAAACAGGGAGGUAAGCCGAUGGUACAAUUAAAGAGAUCGGACGUGAUCAGGGUGGCCGCGAACGGCCGUGCGAUUUUCUGCGCCGAACGAAGCGCGAGUCUGCAUCGUGUUGAAGAGGAAAAUUUUUUAAUAACAUAACGAGAGAGAGAGAGAGAGAAAGAGAGAGAGAGAAUGGUAACGAGAAUAAUCAGGGCUAGAAUAACGUUAUUUUCUGAGAACAUUGUAAAGUUAUUACUAUGGCUUAUGGAAAUAUUUAUUAGAAAACGAUUUAACCGGAUCUGUUGAUAAAUGUCUUAAAUGCAAUUAUCGAAAUGGAAUACGUGUACUUAAAAAUGUUCAUAGAUCACCUAAGAAAGCGUUCAUGAAAUCUGCCCCCCACCCCACCCCCCUUUAUUGUUUGAGCCGGCAGUAGCCUACCACCCUGUUGAAGAACAAUGAGCUGGUCGGUAGAAUUUUUUUAGAAUAUUUUUCAACGAGACCAGUUCGUUGGUUCGUCUAUCGAAGGCCUAACGGACCUGACCGUAACACGAGUCUUUACAAAUAAAGAAUAAACGUAGACGGAAUAUUACUAAAACAAAAAAUUCCCCUAGGCGAACGAGUUGGGGGAUUCCCAGAAAGACCUCAACGACACCGAGAACAAAGAAAGAUAUAUGAUCGCUCUUUUACUGUAAUAAUAUAAAAAAAAAAAAGACAAAACAUGUUCCUCUUGGAUUUUGAUCGUUAUUUUUCGAUUAUGCGAGGCAUGUGUGAUUUUCGAGUGAAAAAAUGGUUGAGAGUAACUCCGUGAAAUGUUUAUAAUAAAAAUAUCCUGCAAGAAAAGUGGCCGGAGACGCGUCUCCGAUAAUAUCGUUGAUAAUAUAUUCGCUUUUAUUUCGUUUCUAAGUAACGGGUGAUGGUUGACAAUUACUAUUAGCGGAGCUUUUGUUAUUGCAGUUAUUUUUUGUGAUAUUUACCGCAUUAUUUCUCGCGUCGCAGUAAUUACGUUACGUUGUCCGUGUAAUUAUACGACGAGAAUUUGUACGAUCGAAUGGGAUCGCAACAAAACGUUAUUUACGUAACAAAAUAAACGUUUUUCGUGUUAAUUUUAAUUAGUAUUACGGCGAAGAACCUCCUCUAAUUGUCACAGUUUUGAAACUUCCUCCCUGUAUAUAUAUAUAAGUUGCUGAGCUGGUUGUUAAAAAUUCCACUAUAUAACUAUUUCUCUUUGCAUUCUUAUUAAAGGAAUAACGAAUAAUAAUGCUACCAAUACUAACGAUUAAGUGUAUUUGUAGCAUAAGCGAUGUACUAACAGUCUUUAAAUACAAAAUGAUUUUAUAACGGAAGGACCACUGUAAUGGUUUCAAGAAAGGAUCAAGGAAAACAAAAGAAAUUCUUCUCGAACUAAUUGUUAACUUUCAUUCCGACGUAUUGUACAAAAUAUUUAAUCGAGUAUACACAGCUAAGAGAAAACACAUAAGUAAAGGUAUCGAAACUACGCGUAAUUAGGUUGAAGAUAUAAUUGAUAACACAGAGUGUUCAUGUUUAUUUCGUUCACUCGGCGUGUUCAUGUUUCAACAGCUGUUCAACAACUUUUAUAACUUUGCCAACAAGAAUGCACAAUGUAUGUGUUAUGAGUUCUCUGUCUCUUUGUAUCUGCAAGAAAAAGAAACAAAGUAUUAAAUGUUUGUGAAUA